AUGGGCUUCGAGACAAGCCAGACAAGCAAAGGACACCAAGCAAAGCACGCCAGGCAAAGCACACCAGGCAAAGCACACCGGGUGCUACGACACCAAGUGCUACACGAUCCGUCUCCCUGCUACAACAUCGAUCUCCCUGCCACAAGCCAAUCGCCCUGCCACAACCGGCGCUUUCUUUUCCUCCUUCGUCAACCACUGCCUAUCGUCUCUUCUCUUCUCUUCUCUUCCCUCGCAAACCUCGCAAACCUCGCAGCGCUCCCACCCCGUGAUCCGGCGCAGUGCAAAAAACGUAAUUCUCUAGUCCUUUUCGCUGCCUUCUCGCUGGCCCAAGUCACGCCGCACAAGAAAAGACCGCAGCGAAAAAGAAGCGCUCCCGCACCGCAACGAUUGGUAGUGGCAGUCGUAGCACCUGCCGUGGCACUCGUCUGGCGUAACACACUGGCUCGAAUUGUUGGGUGUGUGUCGGGUGUGCGUAUAUAA